UUAGGCUUUAUAACGGAUGUGAACAACAUCCGUCAUUGUGGAUCCACAGGCCGGACCGUGCAGGAGAGGACAGAUCUAGGACCAGCGGGGAUCGGCAGCACCUCGGACCGUCUCAGAGCUGUUUCCUGCGGAGAACAGUUUCAUCUCUGCAGCACUGACGUCUCAGACGCUUCGUUGACACCAUGCACGGAUCAACAGGACUUGCUGCUCUUGUGUGUCUGGUGGUUGGGGCUGCAGCCGCUGUCCAGCCCCUGCACACAGUGUUUUUGGAAAAGCAGCAGGCAACCUCCCUGAUCUCCCGUCAGAAGAGGAACACUCAAGCCUCCACCUUGGAGCAGGCCUGCAUGGAGAAGGUGUGCAGCUAUGAGGAGGCCAGGAGGUUCUUCCAGGACUCGUACCGUACGGACAUCUUCUGGUCGGUCUAUAUCGAUGGAGACCAGUGUGCAGACAACCCCUGCAAGAAUGGAGCCAUGUGUUCAGACAGCGUAGGAGGCUACGACUGCGUCUGCAAGUCAGGUUUCACUGGAGUCCACUGCGAAGACGACCGGACUCUUUGCACCCUGGAAAAGGACAAGGGUUGCUCACAGUUCUGUAAACCGGGAUACACAGCGUAUGAGUGUUCCUGCGCCCGCGGUUGGAAGCUCAGCAGUACAGACAAGCAAAAGUGUGAACCUGCAGUUCCAUCCCCCUGUGGCAAGUUGAGCAGUUUGAGUCAAUGGGACACCAGGCAGUCCAGCAACGCUAACAGCAACUUUGAAGGGAUCAGCUGUACUUCCUCAGAGUGUCCCUGGCAGGCUCUGCUGAAGAGCGUAGAGUCUGCAGGUUACUGCAGCGGAGUCAUCCUGAAGGAGAACCUGGUCUUGACUUCAGCUCAGUGUGCCAACAAAUACGGCACCUUCCAGGUGGUGGUUGGCAGGCGCAACACCAACGACGAUGAAGGACAGACGCUGUAUUCAUCAGUGGUUCAUGUCCAUCCUCGUUAUGUAGCAGGCCGUCCUGAGAAUGACCUGGCUGUGAUCGAGCUCAGGGAUCGCAUCGUCUUUAAGAGAAACGUCGUUGCCGCCUGUCUGCCAGAACGAGACUUUGCAGAGAGCCUCCUGAUGUCCGGAAAUCCGCCAGCGCUAAUCACCGGCUGGAAACAAGUCCAGCAGGGGUCUGCUUUCCCGGGGCCGCUCACCCUCAACCAGCUGGAGUACAGGAAUCUGACUCAGUGUAUGGAAACGCAUCCCAACCUGAUCAACAAUAAAAUGGGCUGCACCGCCCCGCGGGCCAAAGCCGACUGCACCAUGAGCUCCGGCAGCCCCCUGCUCACCAUGCACAGGCAGGUGGUCUUCCUCACCGGGGUGCUGACCCAGCCAGAGGGGGCGGACUGCAGCAAAGGUUACAUCUUCCAGAAGGUUUCCCGCCACCUGGGCUGGCUGCGGCCGCUCAUGGGUACGCGUUAGACGGGGAAGUCAGUGAACAUGUGGAAGUUAGUGAUUAUGGAGGAAAAAAGCACUGAAGUAGGGAAACAUUUAGUCCCUUUUAGCUCAAACGUGUCUAGCUUUUUCUGUGUGUCUUUCAAGAAUAUCUAUAACAGCAAAUACACUCUGGACCUCUCCGUGGAGGUCCUCAUUUAUCCACAAGGUGUCGCUCUGCUAACAUCAACAUCAGAGACAUUUACUGCACGUGUUUAACAAAGGCAGUAGACCUGCGAAUUAUUCAGCAUGUGUUUAUGUGACCGUAUCAUAAAUUAUGUUAUUCUAGCAACAGCUGUACAUGCACCUUGUAACACUCCCUGGAAAUACUGUUCAUUGAAUGUAAUAAACCAUAAUACCACAA